UGGUAUCACUGAUUUGAAGCAACAUCUCUCUAAGCACUUCCAGACUAAAGACCUAGGGAGAUUGAAGUAUUUUCUCGGUAUUGAGGUUGCUCAAUCUAGAUCAGGUAUUGGUAUUUCCCAACGCAAGUAUGCCAUAGAAUUCUUGAGGAGACAGGAGUGAUGGGAUGUAGACCUAUUGACACUCCUAUGGAUCCGAAUGUUAAACUCCUUCUAGGACAGAGGGAGCCAGUUAGUUAUCUUGAAAGGUACAGACGACUUGUUGGAAAGUUGAAUUAUCUCACAGUGACUAGGCCUGACAUUUCUUUUCUUGUGAGUGUUGUAAGUCAAUUUAUGACUUCCCCUUGUGAUAGUCAUUGGGAAGCAGUUCUUCGUAUUCUGCGAUAUGUAAAGUUAGCUCCCGGUAAAGGACUACUCUUUGAGGAUCGAGGCCGUGAGCAUAUUAUUGGAUAUACAGACGCUAAUUGGGCAGGAUCACCUUCUGACAGAUGUUCGACAUCAGGAUAUUGUGUUUUAGUAGGAGGUAUUUGGUGUCGUGGAAGAGUAAGAACCAGAAUGUAGUUGCUCGAUCUAGUGCUGAAUCAGAGUAUCGAGCAAUGGCGACAACAACUUGUGAGCUAGUUUGGAUCAAAGAGUUGCUGGGAGAACUAAAAUUUGGCAAAAUUGAUCAGAUGGAACUUGUGUGUGAUAAUCAAGCGGCUCUUCAUAUC